AUGUACGAGUCGCCAUUCCCGCCAUGGGACUUUACGGACAGGAACAGUUUCGCGUUCGAGACGGUCGUCAAGCGGUGGCCGGUCAUCCUGACGGGCAUCAUCGACAACAUCUAUUGUCAGAACCACGAGCUCGGGAUCUCCCAGGAGAGCAGGACGCCGGAGGAGGCGAAGGUGGUCGAGGCGCGCAUCGAGGAGGGCAAGAAGAUCAUCAGCAAGGUCGGGGAGAUCAAGUACGACAUGGCGCGUGAUCGGCCGCUCGUCCAGAUUCCCAACGACGGUGAACCAUUGGAUGAAGUGUACAACAAAGAAUUGGAGUCGCUGCCGCCAAGGGAAAAGGAACGUGGCUCACCGUCCCCUGGCUCUAUUCUGAGUAAGAGCGAUAGCAGCCGUGGAGCACAUUCGCUGACGAUCGGAGAUAUUCAACAUAGAUGCUACUUGUAUCGCCUCGUCCGCUCGUUCUUUGUGCAGACGACUUACUGGAAGGACUACGAUCCUUUCCUCUCCCAGAAGCAAGACACGUUUCAGAAGAGCUCGAAGGCGAUAUACCAGCUCGCAACCACCAUGCACGAGUUGGAGCGUGAGAAAGACGCACUGGCGUCCUCUCGGGACGAACUGAAAGUGAUCUUCAAGGAGAUGAUCCAGAUGUGUCUUUGGGGAAAUGCGACAGAUCUUUCUAUGCUGACACAGAUGUCUCAUGAGGACAUUCAGCACCUGCAGAGCGUGGGACGGGACGCGCAAGCAACUCGCGCGCAGUACAUUCUCCACGAUGAUCAGGAGAGUGUGUGGACUCACCUCACCGGGCUCACAGAGAAGGCCGACUCCCGCAUCGACUUCGUCCUGGAUAAUGCCGGUUUCGAGCUGUUCACCGAUCUCGUCUUCGCGGACUUCCUCGUGACCUACACCCCAUACGUCCACAAGGUCGUCUUCCACCCGAAGAUCAUUCCCUGGUUCGUCUCGGAUGUGACGCCGCCAGACUUCAAGGCGACGACGGGGUCGCUGCUCGACCCCGCGUUCUUCCCGCAAGAUGCGGCGUCCGCGGAGGAGAAGGCGCACCUGCACGCGAUGGUCGGCCGCUGGGCGCAGUACAUCGCCGACGGCACGUUCGCGCUGUCGGUCCCGCUGGAGAACGCGCUCGGGCGCGCGGACCCGAUGGCGGACUUUUGGACGUCGCCGUACCCGUAUUGGAACAUGGCCGCGCUCGCGCCGGAGCUCCUGGGGCGCUUGAAAGACAGCGGGCUGGUGAUCUUCAAGGGGGAUCUCAACUUCCGCAAGCUGACCGGAGACGUGCAGUGGCCAGUCUCCACACCGUUCAGUGAAGCUAUCGGUCCACUCGCCGGCACUUUCCCUAUUCUCAGUCUCCGUACGAACAAGGCCGACGUGGUCUGCGCGGUCGACCAAGCGGUCGCGGAGAAGCUGGACAGCACCGGGGAGAAGUGGAGGUACAACGGGAAGUACGCGCUCGUGCUUUUCGAACCGCGCAAGGACAAGGCGUAG